AUGCAACAUCUCUGUGCGCAGAGCCUCGCACUCUCGCCGCCAUGCAUUCCAGCUAGCAGCGUCGUUCCUCGCGCUGGUUCGCCCAUCCUCGCCGCUGCUCCGCACAGCGAGCCCCAGUGCGCCCCCAUCGAUUCCGCAGCGGUACCAGCUCAUCACAGCCUGAAUAUUUCCCAUCAGCCCUGCACGUCCGAUUGUCCGCAUCAGCGUCCCACUAGUAGGAUGGUCCCAAGUUCUCCUCGCAGCCCCCACCGCAAAACGUUCUCCGCCUUUCUCCCUUCCUCCUGGUUCGCCAACGCCCCGCCACCGCCCCAUUCGCCACCACCCCCGAAGCCUGCACCUAGACGCUCCAGGACCGACCCUGCGGUGGUGGGCCCUGAGGUUGGCGUAUCAGUAUCGCCGUCCCUCGCCUCCUCAGUGAGUUCCAUCCUCUACUCCCCGCAACCGUCCUCUCCCUUCUCCACUGCCGGCGUCCCCCCACCGCGCAUCCCCAAGAGCAUACACAUCCCGCGCGACAAGAUGAAGCUCGCGCGCAAAGUCAAGAAACUCAGCCGUAUCGCCAUCGGAGACGAGCCUCCCUCCCCCGGCGGACGCCAGCUCGCCGACAUGCUCGAGGACCCGUAUUCGCUCACCAUCAUGUCCCCCAUCCUGCUCGCGUCCUCCUCACCGGCCGCGUCCACAACCACCUUCUCAGAGACCCAGUCGCAGAAGGGCUCGCUCAAGCGCAGCAACACCUUCAACACGCGUCCCGCGCCGCCCGUCCCGCCGUUGCCACCCAGCGCCUCCAUCCAUCGCGCGCACUCUCUCGCCGCCCUCCAGUCCAAGCUAGUGAUACCUGCUGCGCCACCCAAGGCGCGUAUGUCGCCGAUUUCUCCCGUCGUGUUCGCGCGCCCAGAUGAGGACGGGUCGCAAACGAGCAGUGCGUUCUAUUCUGACUCUAAUAUCCCCUCCAAAGCUCCCUCCAUCAUCAGGGAGGUGGACGAGUCUCCUGUUACCGAGCGUCCUCGUUCGAAAGCCACCCGCCGCCCGUCCACCGCGCCUGCAGAGACAGGUUCUUCCAGUCGCGAUCCCUCGUCGCUUUCCGCACCUAUCACCGAAGAGAGCCUAGCUCCCAGCACAGGAAAGCCCACCGUCAAGCUCAUCCACAAUCCAAGUGAUGCUCCGCCACCACUACUAUUGAACGCGCCACCACCACGUCCAUCUCGCACAAUGUCCCCCCUACCCACCUCCCUACAUCUAAAGGCCACCCAUUCCUCCUCACUCCCGAACCGGCGCACGCCCUCGCCGCUUCCACGGAACCUGUUCGACUCCGAUAGUGGCGGCGGCGCCGUACCGAAACGCAGCGCAUCCCUCCGCGCCAAGGUCCCCCGCAGCAAGGUGGCAAGGCGCCGCCUCAGCCUCGACCUCCGCAUGCUGACGCCGGAGCCGACGCGCGGGGCGAAGCUGCGCAAGAACAAGACGACGCUGGUGACGAAGAGGGCGCUGGAGGAGCUUGUGAAGGAGGAGGGGGAAGACGCGGAGCGCGGCGAGGCGGAUGGGUUCUCGAGGAUGGGUGAGCCGAUGAGCGAUAAGCAGCGGGCGAUGAAUUUACGGAGAGCGAGGAAGAUGAUGCAGCUGUUUGGCGACAAGCCGCCCAACGAGCUCUUCCAGGUCACCGCGACCGCGACCGCGCAUGCGGAGGACUCGAUCUCGAUCGUGACCGACAGCCGGCGCAGCUCGCGCGCGACGUUCGCGUCCAUCACGUCGAGCACGAUCUCGCUCACCGUGCAUCGGCGCGUGCGCGACUCGUUCCCAUCAUCGCGGUCGGCGUCCGAACCGCCGUCGCCGCUGGUGUUCACGGGGGCAGAGCAAUUGCCGGACGUGAAGGCGGAAGGAGAGGCGGAGGACAGGAGCAGAAAAUCGGAGCUGGAGCAGGGCCAGGAGUUGCACGACGAUGCGCAUCCAGAUACUAAGACUGCAGGCAGUGAAAUUGAUCCUGCGCAGGCCACAGAGUCAAGGGACGAAGACCCAGCACAGCAAGCCGAGCCCGAGUCAAAAUCGGACGUUGUUCCACCGCUAACACCAUCGUCACCCAUCUCGCCCACCACGCGAACGGCGCGUGCAAAGCCGAGCAUCGCGUCCCUAUCGCUCGCAUCCACCGUCUCGCACACAUUCACGCACCGUCGGAGUUACUCUCACCAGUCACAGGUGCCGCUGAUGUCACGCUCACACGAGCUGGAAUCCGAGCCGCCCCACGCGGCGCGGAACGUUCCCCCGCGGACGCCGCCGCCCUUUUCGAAUUUUGCGCCUAUCCCGCCGGUCGGCGACGUGCGCUGGAAUACUGAGACCGAGCCGCCUCGUAGCCCGGUGGCCCCAUCAGAAGAGUUCCGCGCUCGCCGGUUGCGCGCGGCGAAGCUCUCGCGAUUCUUCGGCGUCGCGCCACACGACCUCGCCGACGCCCUCGCGGCCACACCCGCGACGCCCGCGAUUCCCCAACUUGGCAAACAUAACAGUGCGCAUGGAUAUGACGAGUCCAUGCCGGAAGUUCCGGCACAGGCGUAUGUACAGACGGCACGAGAGGAGCCGACGGUUGCGCCUGAGCGGAAAGCGUCUAUGACCGUCGAGGUCGCCGCGGAGGUGCCACGCGGGUUUCGGCUCGGGCGUCAGGAGAAGAAGGCGGUUCAGGAGCUGGACAUGGCUGAUGUGCUCGACCAACUCCGGAGGAUGCGAUAG